CUUUCCAACUGCUCCAUUUCCGAAGCUUGCUUUAAUUUAUAUAAUCCAUACGAAUAACAUCGCGACAUUUCGAGGGGAACCUCGUCCACAUAACAGCCAUGGCGGCCCGGAAACCUCAAUUCAACUCCCACGUUCUCUACGAUACCACCCCUCUCCCCGACUCAAUCCCCGCAGUUAAGGAAGUCGGCGCUACCUCCGCGCCUUUACUAUCUGCCUCUUUCUUUAUCGGUGCCCGGUGCCGUCCCUACAACGAUGACUUCAUGCAAUGCAAAACUGAGAACAAUGCCAACGGCGAGUUCGACUGUUUGAAGGAAGGUCGUAGGGUGACCCGAUGCGCCGCUAGUGUGAUCGACGAUAUCAACAAAUCCUGCCUGGAUGAGUUCCGCAAGCACUGGCAAUGCCUAGACAACAACAACCACCAGCUAUGGCAGUGCCGGAAGGACGAGUGGAAAUUAAACAAAUGCGUAUUCGACAACCUAAAACUUGAGAAGACUAUCCCCGAUACCCCCAAGAACCAGAUUCCCGUCCACCUACGGACGACACAGAUCUACGCCCACUACCCUAUUCUAAGAGAUCGCGGCCAACCACCGCUAGGAAAGGCUAUCGACCCGCCCUCAGCACAAGCCCAAGCCAAUGCGCCGGCUUCGUGAGAUACUUGAGAGAAAUGGGGGUUUGAAAUAUUUUUAUGAUAGCCGUGUAAAUAAAACAGGGAAUACAAUCAGAUGACCAAUUCAUUUUACAGUCUUCGACCAGGAAGAAACUCUUAUAACCAUGCGUACCAUGCGCUGUACUAAGGCAGUCGUUUCUGGCGAUUUAUCAUGAGGGUCGGUUAAACUCUUGUCCAUACGCUCAGAGUCGCUAUUUACAUUUGUAGUAUAUAGGGCAUCGAAAGGAUCACCGAGUCCAUAUACUGAUGCCUAUAGGCCUAAAAUCCAGCACCACUGAACCCUAUUAGAAAAGAUUACGGAAAUUAUAAUAUUUUCGCGUCUUCCACUACAGUCCACUCUAGAAUGAUGAUUAUAGGGGUACAAACGAAUCUUACGAGACGUCAUCCGGUCCAGGGCCAUUAACGGAACAUUAGUCUAACAGGAGAUAGUCUUGCUCUUCC